AUGGCAUCAAAAUACCUUUUCGACUCGUACUGGGCGCAGACCUAUGAGCAUCUGAAGCCCAUCGUGGAGAGUCCUGCUACACGGCCGGAUCUCCUUCUGGUAGAUUUCUUCGUUGAUGCAGGCAAGGACAUCCUCUAUCAGUUCAAUGUGCCUUUGGCAAUGGUUUUUCCCCAGAUGCCAGCAUUGAUGGCUCCUUGUUCGUACAUCCCGGGUCAACCAGGGUUUCAGAUCGAUGGAACCCUCACGUCAGAAAAUGCAUCCAUUUGGUUGCGUAUUCGAAACGACCUCGUGCUCAUUCACGCUUUACCAGCCAUAAUACGCUGGCGGAAUUGGGCAAAGAAAAUGCGCCACCGGGCGGGUGUCAAAUAUAACUUGCCAGUGGCUCCCAAACCUAACUAUCUUGUUCUGAUCAACUCUUUUUUUGGGCUCGAGGUGCCAAAAGAUCUACCUCCAUUGAUAGCGCCUGUCGGGCCAAUUUUGGCGGACGAAUACUCGCCGCUGACAGAACCGUAUGAAUCAUUCCUCCAGAAUCACACUAAAACUCUCUAUCUUGCACUAGGUACCCACAUCGCUCUGUCGGAUACGGAUGCCGCCAAGUUGGUCAAUGGCAUGCUAAUGGCCAUGAAGAACGGCUUCAUCAACGGUGUCAUCUGGUCGGUCGGGAACAGCUAG